AUGUCGGAAAUGGAAAUCAGUGUUGUUAUAGCUGGCAAGCACAUGAACUUUUGUGAAGUUGAGGUUAUUGGAGACUGCGAACAUGGAACCUACGGCCAGGAUUGUGACUUGAAAUGCAGCGUCAAAUGUGAGAAUCAGACCUGUCACAGCAUCACAGGCAGGUGUUUGAGUUGUCCCCCUGGAUGGCGGGGAGACUACUGUGAGCAGGAAUGCGAAAAAGGAACCUACGGCCAGGAAUGUGCCUUCAACUGCAGCGUCAAAUGUGAGAAUCAGACCUGUGACAGCAUCACAGGCCGGUGUUUAUGUUGUCCGCCUGGAUGGCGGGGAGACUGCUGUGAGCAGGACUGCGAACAUGGAACCUACGGCCAGGAAUGUGCCUUCAACUGCAGCGUCAAAUGUGAGAAUCAGACCUGUGACAGCAUCACAGGCCGGUGUUUGAGUUGUCCCCCUGGAUGGCGGGGAGACUACUGUGAGCAGGACUGCGAACAUGGAACCUACGGCCAGGAAUGUGCCUUCAACUGCAGCGUCAAAUGUGAUAAUCAGACCUGUGACAGCAUCACAGGCCGGUGUUUGAGAUGUCCCCCUGGAUGGCGGGGAGACUACUGUGAGCAGGAGUGUAUCGACACAAUUUUCGGGCCCAACUGCAAACAACAAUGCGACCCUGAUUGUGUGCCCGAGUCUACUGAGAUCAAACGCCUGUGUGACGCCAUCUGCGGAGAUAGUGUUUUAAGAAGCAAGAUUCUAGCUGACCCAAAUGCCGAGGAAAACAAGGAUGAUACAUAUAUACUGUAUUUACUGAUUGUGCUGCCCGCAUUACUUAUUGCAAUCCUGGUCAUCUUUAUAUUCAUACGCAGUAUUUAUAUUCCACAGUCUAUACCAACUGUGUAUGAUGGUGAAAAAGUUGAGAAAAAGUACACGGCUGGUACCUAUGACCAUGCAUGCAUCCACGUCACACCGUGGCCCGAGAAAAAGCCUGUCAAUUUGCUCAGCCUCUCAUUUCUGGCGUUGGCUAAAGAAGAAAUAAUAGUAUCACAAGGUCCGGUAGCUGCGACUGUGGUCGGCUUUCUCAAUCUGCUAUGGGACAAACAAGUUGUAAAAGUCGUCAUGAUUAGCACAGAGAAAAUCGAUAAUGAAUACAGCUAUUGGUCAAUGAAAGAUCAAAACAUUGAUUGCUAUAGAGUGAAGACGGUGAAAACAGAAGUUUUUCUAGAUUAUACUAUUCGGACUUUGGAAAUCACAAAAGACGACAACCCACCACGUCGUGUGACCCACUUCCAGUACACGGCAUGGCCAGAAGACGGGUCUGACCCGUGUAUGUGGAGUUUGGUUGACUUUGAACACAAGGUCUUCAUAAACACACUAGAAACUAUCACACUGGUGCAUUCUGGGACGGAUACAACGAGAAGCUCCGUGUUUAUAGCACUACACGAUUUGAUCCGUCAAGCCAAGCUGAACCAAGCCGUGGACUUUGUCGACACGGUCUCCAGACUCAGACACGACAUGCCCAACACGGUUCAAACCUUUGAGCAGUACAUGUUCCUGCACCACGCCGCGCAGGCUAGCGUCGCCUGUACAGGCAGCUACACACACAUCAGCGCCAUCUGUCUCAAACUACAUCUCAUGAGGAACCUCGUCGACGGGAAAAAUAAUUUUGAAAAUGAAUUCAAUAACCUGUUUAGUUUUGAGACACAACUUACUGGUGGUGUAGGGGACGUUACCCAAGAUCCAAAAAGUAAAAAUAGAUUCUUCAUUAUACCAGACAAAAAGUAUCAACCUCUUUUACAAGUGGAUUCCCCCGGAGAAGAGGGCUAUAUCAAUGCUGUCACAUUACCUAGCCUGUACACCCAGACCAAACAGUUUCUGACCCAGCUGCCCAUGCCCACUACGGUCAAUGAUUUCUGGAGACUGGUCACACAGUAUAACGUUUCCUUGAUUGUUGCUUUUAAAUCCUAUGAAAAGGACAAGUCUUUAGCUAUCUACUUACCUGAAGAACAAGGCCAGCCGUUACAAUGUGGGAACAUAGCUGUCAAUGUCGAGUCAGUAACAACAGCACCAACCUGGACAGAAAUGAAGCUUACCGUUAAGGGGAAACAAACGCAAGAAGUGACUCAUCUCACGUUUACAGAGCGUCAUAUCGAACCCAAAAAUCUCCUGCCGUUUGUUCAAUACGCGCGAUCGUUGAGAACUCCGGAUAAGUCAGUAGUUUACACGUGCAGGCAAGUGUUGGUUAUGCGUUUUAUUUAUUUAUAG